UGGAGGUAAAAGACUUGAUUUAAAAAAACCAAAUCGAUAUAUAAGUAUCAAACCAAUGGCAACGAGACUAGCUAAAUGGUGUCUGUCUUGUUGAUAAUCUAUCGAUGAUUUGUUAUUUGAAGUGCUUUUUGCGUUUCAUCGGCACAUUUUGGGAAGAUGGACAAAGACAGUCUUGUGUCUAAUGCCAAUCUGGCAUGGACAGAACCUUCGCACCCUUUGGCUAGUCUCUCUGGACCUAUCAAGCAGGAUGAGGCAAGCAGAGAUGGUGUUGUUGAAGAGGACAUUGUGGUGGAUGCAAGCAGUAAAACUGUGGAAGUAGUUGCCACGACAACUGCAGAGAACACAGAGCAGGUGGUGGUGCAGCGAAUAUAUGCACAAGCAGAGGUCAUAGCAGAGCGUACUGUUGGACUAGCAGCACAGGGAGAACUUUGGCCUUCCACUGAAGAUGAUAUUGAUGUGGUGUCUCUGGAUGGAGCUGCUAGUGCCACCCCUCAACAGCCAGAAACAGGUGUAGGGGCUGUACCAAUGUCCAUGAGCGAACGCUUUCGGGACUACAUGGAGCAGCUGUCUUCACUGUCGCCAAGCGUCUCGUCCACCCAAGCAACAUGGGGAUCCGAUGUUUCAGAUGAAGAUGCUGCUGAACGUCAGCGAGAAGGACGGUGGGGAGUUCGGUCCUCCCAUAAUCAGUGCAUUUCGCACAAACCAGCUGGUGAAGCGUCAAAAGAGGAUGAAUUUGUGGACUGUGAUGAGGUCAUGGAAGACCCAGAACCUGAUUCCACUGUGGACUCUACCUUGCCUUCUGCCUCGGCUGCCUUGUAUGACUCACUGGACCCCUACUCACUUUUUAAUCUGCCUUACCCUGUCUCAUUAUCUCGCUAUAGAAGUUCAGAUAACAAGCGUAAGACUUAUGGGUUCUGCAGUCAAAAGGAGAACACUGCUGUCUCUGGAAGUACCAGCAGCAGCAUCAGAAGCAGUGGCCAGUCACAGGUAAGCUCACUGUCUGGGCGAGGGGCAGCUGGAAUUGUGGAAACAAUGAACCGAUUAUUGGAUGCUCCAGAUGUGGAUGUGCUGCAAGUGCCAUCAGAUUUUGCUCGACCUUCAGACCUCUCCUUGGCAUCCACAUCACAUGGAGAAACUUCAUGCCGGAGUGAUGCUCGCUCUCGCAUGUUGCCCCCAACUCCUCCAGCCACAUGGACAUCUGGGGAAGGUGGUGGGGAUGGUGUGAUGCCAAUGGAAGCAGAACACUCCAGUCUGUCACAGCAUACCUGUCUUUUAUUACCUGGUCCAUGUAAGAAAAAGUGCACAGAUGACCGGCUUCAUUUUUCAGUGGAGGGCACUGCAUCUGCAAGCAUUCCAUCACCAGUUCUAAGCAGCGUGUUUCUAUCAGAUGCCUCUGAUGACAGUGAUGUGGAGGUUGUGAAGAUAGAAACCAGAAAAGGCAAACGAAGAGAAUCAACAGGAAGGGCAACUGUGGUUGUAGACCUCACAGAAUCAGACGAUGAUCACCAGUCAAGCAGAGAGUCAGGGGGUCCUGAUGCUGCUGUCCAUACUCCUGGGCCGUCUGCUGCAGCCAGCUGCGUGGCCUCUCCUUUAUUGCACCCCUCCCUGUCACCUCCUCCCCUUGCGGCUUCUUCUAGCAUCAACACCACCCCUGGGAGUGCACGCAGGCCUUUGCCUGCCCAUCAGCCACCGCCACUGCAGCGGAGGCCUCCACCAGCUCACACACCUCUGCGAACCUACAGGCCUAGCACUUGUCGUCUGCACAGGCCUUGCGCUGGUGAUACAUGCAAGUAUCUCACACGGGGUAGAUGUAUGGAGGGUGGAUACUGUGCUUACCAUGGUGAGCAUCAAACACUUCAGUGCCGUCUGCAUCAGGAAGUGCCACAUCCUCACCUACAUCACCCACAUCCAGUGCCUCACACUCAGUUGCCCAGUCAGCCGUUGCCACCUCCUCCACUUCACCCUAUCACCAUCAACUGCCCACACACAGCCCACAUGCACCAUUCAGUGCAGCCUCCACGGGCCCACAUCCAUCACCACCACUACCACCCAGCUCCUUUCACUUUGCCCCACCCAAUGUCCCUCACUGUCCCCACCCGUCUCUUACCUCAGCACCAGGCUCAUCAGGCGCCACCUGACAUUGGCCAGCAUGAUGCCUUUUCUUUCAAUCCUGCUGACCCGCUGUCCACCCUUCCCAUGAUCCCCCCACCUGUUGAGGCACACGGUGCAGUUUCACGGCCCCGUCCAUUCUCCGCACAGCUGGCUGGCAUAUCACAUGACACCAGUCAGACCUCACAGAGUCAAGUGCCUCCUCAGCAGACACCACAUCAUCACAUGCAUCAUCACAUGCAUCAUUACCACCUCAACCCAACCCCCAUCAACAACUGUUGGCCGUCUUACCGCAUGCCACCAAUGCCAGAGCUGCCUCCCUUUCCAGCCUUUCCUCCAUUACCUCGUCUCCAGCGUGUGCAGGUUGGCCUUGGCGGUAUGGUGUUUCAUGGCCACACAUUGGAGUUUAGUUAUGAAGGACAUGCCAGUGUCAACUGUGGAGCAUCACAGGCUGUGAUUGAACAGAACACUUUGCCUCAUACAUAUAGAAAGGUAAAAAGAUGUGUGGAGGGGGAGGAGGAUCAUAGAGAGAAGUGUACAAUUUGCCUGAGUGAGUUUGAGGAGGGGGAGGAUGUCAGGCGAUUACCAUGCAUGCACCUGUUUCACAUAGAGUGUGUGGACCAGUGGCUAGCCACCAACAAGAAAUGUCCCAUCUGUCGUGUUGAUAUCCAAGCCAACAGUAAGGACUCCAUGAUACAUGACUGAUCUACUCAACCAACAGGCCUUGGGUCACAACUUACCUUCACUGCCCGGUUCCAUCCACCUCCUCUGGUGUUGGUGCAGGCGUGGCAAAGUGCUCUUUUUCUGUAGUAGUGUGGGUUUGGCCUCUCUACCUCAUGAAUGUACUGAGUUCCAAUAUAGCUGACAGUUCUUUUGGUCAUGUUGGUGGAGUUUUUCCCCCUUUGCCUCUAUUUUAUUUUAUUAUUGUGUUGGAGGGAAGGGGCGAUAUGAACUUGAAAUUAAUGUUUAGAGCUUUUACAAAAUUGUGAUUAAUAAAAUAUCUUUGGAUCCAUAGGUAUCCAGUCUGGGUAAACCUGGUUGUCUUCAAGACAAAGCCAACAUUUGAUGUUGGGAAUUGUGCAGGAUUUAAAAAGCUUGCCAAAAAUUUAGACCAGUAUAAGAUGGUCUGAUGGAAUAUAUGUAUGCAGAAUUUGUGAAAACAAGUGUUUGUAACAAUAUUGCAUAGCAAUAUAGGAAUGGGCAGCAGGGUAUGAAGACUAUGUUCAUGUAAGACAAAUGCAGAUGUAUAUGAAAAUUCAAAUGUAAUGCAUCAGCCAGCAGAGCUGGUGGCUAAUAAGCUGGUAAGAUGAAUUACAAAUGGCAUAGAAAGCUUCAGCAAAAGGGCAUGUGCAAGUUGAAUAGCACUGUGUUAGCUGCAUGUAUUGUGUCUGGCAGAAAGCAGUGCUGCAGAUUAGGAAGACAGGAGCCGCAGGUUGGUGAUUGUAAUAUUUUAAGUGCAUGAUGUACAGCCUAGAAUGUUGGAUGAAAAUUAUCUCACAGCAUAUUUUUAACUGCCGCCAUCAUUGUUAAUUAUAAGCAAAUAUUUAUGAAAGAUGUGCUGGAUCACAUUCAGAGUGGAGCAACUGUGUAAGUGUUUAUUCUUGGGAAGUGGCAGUUCAAGAUUGGCAGUGCAACAUUGUACAUGACAUGAUGUGGAAGUUCACAGUUUUAAUGUAAUAUGUAGGGUAAAUAGAAUUUUGCAGUUCCUUUAAAAUCAAGGGCACUCGGAUUGGGAGGGCCAGAUCUGCAGCGUUCUAAGGUGGAUGGAUUGGCAUGGGUAGACUGCAAUUUCCUUAAGGUACCCAGGGUCUGUGUUUAUGUGACAGUGUUUCUUGUAGGAUACCACAAAAUUGCUUUUCUUUUUAAAUGGGUACCAUGGAAUACCAAGUGCUCAUGUGUACAUGCAUAGACAUCUUGUUAGCAACACAAAUUUUAUUGUCCUUGCAUGCAUUAGAUGCUGAUUUAUUCAGUUGCUUUUAUUUGAUGUGUAAAUUGUCACCUGUGUUGCAUGACGCCUUUAUCGAUUUGACAAAAUGUUGUCUAUAACAUUUACACUAAGUGCUGACAACAUCUUGUUAGUGAACCUUCCAUUGUGUGGAAAUUCCUUGUGGAUAGCCUAAAGUUGCUAGAUUUGUGACAGUUGUUGCCAGCCCAUGUCUUGCGCUGACAAUACAUGGUUACAGUUGUGUGCAUUUUGACAUCCCUGCUUUGAUUGGGCAACAUAGCAACACAGCAUCUACAAUGAAGUUGAGCCACUCAAGCAUGAACUCCACCUACAAAGAAAAUUAUGUAAUUCAUGUUCUUACUCAUGGGCAACACUACUGAAGCUGGUGUUAGGUAAAUCUGACUGUUGAGCAACAACACACACACACCAUCUUAGCACUCAGAGUAGCUUGGGCACAUGCACGUCCUUAUAAAUAUGAGUAGUUUUUUAAACUUGUGGCUGACUGAAUGAAAAGCUUUCUUAAAGAUUUACAGGGCAUUGCUCUAGGCAGGUGCAGGUAUUAUGGUGGGACUAGAGAGGAAGACUGGCUGAGCAUUGUGCUUGUGUUAGAGAGGUGUCUUGCUAAUGAAGUAGGCUGCCACACAACUCUUUGUGCUCCACUUCCUCUGAUGUCGAGAAGUCUAACACUUGGUCAAAAGACUUUGUGGGGUAUUUGACCCAGCUGAAUGUAUUUUUUAAAUCAUGUUAAGCCAUGCAGUUUCCUUUUUCACAAGCCAAUCUGGAUGUCUGCAGAUGUCAUUUUUCUAUCAGGUCCAUGAGUUUAGAUGCUAGUCAGGGAGAGUCCUACACCACCUUUGUAAUCAACAAGGAUGAUGGUAGAAAAUGGUGGUUGCUGUUAGCGUAUAAAUUGUCUAGUUUAGUUACUGUUCUCACUGCAAGGGCUCUCAUGGUACUGGAUUUGUAGUCAAUUUAUUGUUUAUAUAAUUCCCCACCAUCUUCCUUUUUCAAUUUGCUUUCAAUCUGUACUAUGUGCUUCACAAGACACUACCAGACAUGUCACCUUGUCUUGCCUUAGUGCAAUCCUGACACAGACACGUUGCAGUUUUUGAUGACACUUGAUUCGAUCGAGCGGUUGAAUUCCACAGUUGAUGCUGUUUUCUAAUACACACGUUUUCCUGGAUUUCACCCGACCAGCUCUAUAACUACUAUAAUAGCAGAUAAAUUUUUGAUUGUACAGCUAAAACUGAAAUGUUAAACACUUAAGAUGUUGUUCAGCGGACUGCAUGCUACAACUUUAUUAGGUGCUUUCAUUUGCUUUAUUUAACUCGUGGCUUCUUUUUUGUGUUAAAUGUAAUGUUUUUGUGGAGAAUAGUCUUUUACAGGCACACUAUGUGCAUAAAUAUUCAUAAAGAUGUAUGCUACAAGUUGAACAUCACAUGACAUUGAUUUUAAGAUGUAUACAUGGCGUCAUAUUGUCAGAAUUAUUAAAAUAUUUCCUGUCUGAGA